AUGGGAAUUACUGAUGGACAGAGAAGAAGGUCUUCAUCGCUACGAACGCAAAUGUUCAAUAAACAUUUGUAUGACAAAUAUCGUGGAAAAACUGAUGAUGAGAUAGAAUUGGAAGAUAUUAGUGAAAACAAGGCAACUUCUAAUAGCGACAAUAAUGACAAAGAUGACAGGGACGAGGCUAACGGAAAUUAUGCUACUGAAGUGGAGUAUGAAGAAGAGGGAUACAACGACCAAGAUGCGUCCUAUAACAUAAUUACUAGAAUACUUGACACUAUCCUAGAUCGAAGGAGAACGUUCCAUUCAAAAGACGGUAGACAUAUUCCAAUUAUAUUAGAUCAUAACGCAAUCGAAUACAAGCGAGCCUCUACUAAAAAAGAUGGUCAUCUAAUAGAUGAAAGAUUCAAUAAGCCCUACUGUGACAAUCAAAUAACAUCGUCAAGAUACACGUUUUAUUCUUUCUUUCCAAGACAGUUAUACGCGCAAUUUUCAAAGUUAGCCAAUACUUAUUUUUUCAUUGUGGCAGUGCUACAAAUGGUACCUGGAUGGUCCACAACUGGUACUUAUACUACCAUUAUUCCAUUAUGUGUGUUUAUGGGUAUAUCUAUGACAAGAGAGGCAUGGGACGAUUUUAGAAGGCAUCGUUUAGAUAAAGAAGAGAAUAAUAAACCAGUGGAUGUCUUAGCCAAAGAUGAGAUUCAUGGUGCGCAAGAUGUAUACGCAUUACCAAAUAGUGUUAUGUCUUCGACUGCAUACCUCACCAAACCAAACGCUGCGGAAGGUGGCCCACCUGCUUUAAACGACGAUCAAAAUUCGACACAAGGGCUCUCCUUAGGCACUCACUUCAAUAAUUUUGAACUUCUUGGAAACAAGUACAAUGUUCACGUCCAACAAAAAAAAUGGGAAAAACUUCGUGUGGGUGACUUUGUACUUCUUACCCAGGACGAUUGGAUACCUGCAGAUUUGCUUUUAUUGACGUGCGAUGGCGAAAAUAACGAGUGUUUUGUUGAAACGAUGGCGCUAGAUGGUGAAACAAACUUGAAAAGUAAGCAACCUCAUCCAGAAUUAAACAAAUUGACCAAAGCCGCGUCAGGUUUAGCGAAUAUAAAUGCCCAAGUAACCGUGGAAGAUCCUAAUAUUGACUUGUACAAUUUCGAAGGUAAUUUAGAACUAAAGAACUCGCAUAAUGAUACCAUAAUGAAGUAUCCACUAGGCCCUGACAACGUGAUUUAUCGUGGGAGCAUUUUGAGGAAUACUCAAAAUGUCGUUGGUAUGGUCAUUUUUAGUGGUGAAGAAACAAAAAUUAGAAUGAAUGCUUUAAAAAACCCGAGAACAAAGGCGCCUAAGUUACAAAGGAAAAUCAAUGUAAUAAUUGUGUUUAUGGUGUUUGUUGUUGCAACAAUAUCUUUGUUUUCGUAUUUUGGGCACGUCUUACGUAAGAGAAAGUAUAUCGACCAAAAUCAGGCAUGGUAUCUAUUUCAGACAGAUGCUGGUGUAGCGCCUACGAUAAUGUCUUUUAUCAUUAUGUAUAAUACGAUUAUUCCGUUGUCCUUAUACGUGACAAUGGAAAUUAUUAAGGCAGUCCAGAGCAAAAUGAUGGAAUGGGAUAUCGACAUGUAUCAUGCAGAAACAAACACACCAUGUGAAUCUAGAACUGCGACAAUCUUGGAAGAAUUAGGGCAAGUCUCAUAUAUCUUUAGUGAUAAAACGGGAACAUUAACAGACAAUAAAAUGAUAUUUCGCAAAUUUUCUCUGUGUGGAUCUUCUUGGAUGCAUAAUGUAGAUUCCAGUGACUCUGAAGAUGUUGCGGACGAAGGCGUUAAAGAUAAUCCAAGCUAUAUGAGGUCGCCACCCAAAGCUCAUAACGGUUCUAGCGUAGAUGUCGUUUCGAUUGAAGAUCAAAAUGUUCUUGGCCGACUAGGGCUUUCGAGAGCAUCGAUUGAGACGGGUCCUCGGCCGUCUUUAGACGAUUUUCCUAAACCUAGGAAUUCUGUUGAGUAUAAAGGAAAUUCAUCGGCUACUUAUACAGGUCGUCCCAGCAUGAGAGCACUUUUUGGCAAAGAAACUCCAGCUGAAGAAAUGAAUAAUCAGGCUUCAAAUAUUUCACUGCCUGAGGUUUUUACGGAUAAUAUUAAAAGCUCGUUUGAUUUAAUUCAGUUUAUUCAGAGACAUCCGACCGCCCUGUUUUCUCAGAAGGCCAAAUUUUUUAUUUUAUCACUAGCCCUUUGUCAUAGUUGUCUUCCCAAAAAGACUCAUAAUGCGUCCAUGGAAGAAGACUCUAUUGAGUACCAAUCUUCGUCCCCAGAUGAACUAGCGCUUGUAACUGCUGCUAGAGACUUAGGUUAUAUUGUAUUAAAUAGAAAUGCCCAAAUUUUGACUAUUAAAACCUUUCCCGAUGGGUUUGAGAGGGAUGCAAUAUUGGAAGACUAUGAAAUCUUAGAGUACAUUGAUUUCAAUUCUCAAAGAAAAAGAAUGUCAGUUCUUGUACGUAUGCCAAAUCAACCAAAUCAAGUACUUUUGAUUUGCAAAGGGGCUGACAAUGUUAUUAUGGAACUCUUACAUGAUCAUGAACUAGCUGCGAAGAAAAUGGCGGAUAUAAGCAUCAACACUAAACAACGUAAAGACGCCGAAGCAGAACUGGUUCUUCAACAAAGAAAGUCUCUGGAAAGAAUGGUAGAUGAAGAAUCUUUGGCCAGGAACUCUUUGAGAAAUUCUUUAUCCAGUGCACCAAAGGCAAGUUUAUCAUUGCAGGCAGUGAGAAGGAGUCUUUCUAUUAAAAAUAGUAGACGUCGUGAUCCGGAGAAACAAAUUGACUCCAUCGAUCAGUUUUUGGAAACUGUGAAAAAAUCUGAUCAGGAAAUUGGCAGUGUAGUGAAUAAAAGUAGAAAGUCUCUUCAUAAGCAACAAAUUGAGAAAUAUGGUCCCCGAAUUUCUAUAGAUGAGACACUUUCUCCGAAGAAUAACCUAGUAAUGGAUUCAAGGAAUGAAGGAUCGCAAUAUGACUAUGAUACAGAACUAUUGGAGUACAUAGGCAAUGACGAGUUGAUCCUAAAUGAAGAAUAUGUAAUUGAAAGAACGUUGCAGGCAAUUGACGAGUUUUCAACUGAAGGUUUAAGAACUUUGGUGUAUGGUUACAAAUGGAUUGAUAUUGGGAACUAUGAGAAUUGGAAUAAACGCUACCAUCAAGCCAAAACUUCUUUGACUGAUAGAAAACUGAAAAUCGACGAAAUUGGCGCAGAAAUCGAGAACGGUUUAAGUCUUUUGGGUGUAACCGCAAUUGAAGAUAAGUUACAAGACGGUGUAUCGGAGGCCAUCGAAAAGAUUAGAAGGGCAGGUAUAAAAAUGUGGAUGUUGACAGGUGACAAAAGAGAAACGGCCAUAAAUAUUGGGUAUUCUUGUAUGUUGAUUAAGGAUUACUCUACUGUAGUAAUUCUAACUACUACGGAUGAUAACAUUAUCUCAAAAAUGAAUGCAGUUUCUCAAGAAGUUGAUUCCGGAAAUAUCGCACACUGUGUGGUUGUCAUUGAUGGUGCAACAUUGGCUAUGUUUGAGGGAAAUCCAACUUACAUGUCAGUUUUCAUUGAACUAUGUACCAAAACAGACUCGGUGAUUUGUUGUCGUGCCUCACCUUCUCAGAAGGCUCUUAUGGUUUCCAAUAUAAGGAACACUGACCCGAACUUAGUGACGCUAGCCAUAGGUGAUGGUGCAAAUGAUAUUGCCAUGAUACAGUCAGCUGAUAUAGGGGUCGGAAUAGCGGGUAAAGAGGGCCUGCAAGCAUCUAGAGUAUCUGAUUACUCUAUUGGACAGUUCAGGUUCAUUUUAAAAUUACUACUAGUUCAUGGCCGUUACAACUAUAUUCGCACCUCCAAAUUUAUGCUGUGCACGUUUUACAAAGAGAUUACCUUUUACUUUACGCAACUAAUAUACCAGAGAUAUACGAUGUUUUCAGGUUCGUCGUUAUAUGAACCAUGGUCAUUGUCCAUGUUUAAUACUCUUUUCACAUCAUUGCCGGUUUUAUGUAUUGGUAUGUUCGAAAAGGACCUGAAGCCGAUGACUUUACUGACCGUUCCAGAAUUAUAUUCUUAUGGACGUCUUUCGCAAGGUUUUAAUUUAUUGAUGUUCAUGGAAUGGGUUGUUUUGGCGACUGCAAAUUCUUUAAUUAUUACAUUUUUGAAUGUAGUAAUGUGGGGUAUGAGUUCCCUCUCUGACAAUACUAUGUAUCCGCUAGGGCUUAUCAACUUUACGGCUAUUGUUGUAUUGAUCAACGUUAAAUCACAAUUUGUUGAAAUGCAUAAUAGAAAUUGGUUAGCUUUCACUUCUGUCAUCCUGUCCUGUGGAGGCUGGUUAGUGUGGUGCUGUGCACUCCCAAUUCUGAACAAAACUGACCAAAUUUAUGACGUAGCAUACGGAUUUUAUAACCAGUUUGGUAAAGAUAUUACAUUCUGGUGUACUAGCUUGGUGUUGGCGCUAUUGCCUAUCACUAUGGAUAUAGUGUACAAAACGUUCAAAGUCAUGAUGUGGCCAUCUGAUUCAGAUAUAUUUGCAGAAUUGGAACAAAAAAAUGAUAUUAGAAAGAGAUUGGAAUUAGGCGCUUACAGUGAAAUGAGACAGGGAUGGACAUGGGAUAAAGAUCCUAGCACUUUGACGCGCUACACGGAUAAGGUUCUUUCAAGAUCGAGAACUAAUUCGCGUACAAGUACGCUUACUAAAGGCAUUAACCCGAUGGAGAAUGUCAGUAUAGACUAUUCAUUGAAAAAUAAUGUAUGCCGAAAUUCCACUAAAAACAACUCCAAGCGAUAUGAAGUAUUGCCCAGUGGUAAGCUGAUCAAGCGGCCAUCCCUAAAACCACAGACUAGUAAAGAUAAAAUCGGUGACAAUAUAACUACUAAAAUCACAAAGAAACUAAAGCUUCCAUCGAGAAAUGCGAAAAAAGAGGAUGUAAGACAGAUUAUUCAAGCAAGAUUAAAGGAUUUGGAGUGA